GGCAGUCCACCCCCAAGAAUGGUCCCGCCUAUACAGAUGUCUCCUCCGCGAAUGUUCCUACCUCCCGGACCCCGUCGCCCGAACACACAUGCACAGCUACGUCGUCCAGCGCUUCCGCCGCUACUGCCAGCCAACAGUAAGAGACGACCUCAAAAGCGACUGGAACCGACAGAGCCGACUGCUACGCACAGGGAAACAAAAACUAUCACUCCUCACACGCGCCAACGAGGGCUACCUCAAGCCAUUCGAAAAGGUUCUGCGACUGGCCUACGGACGCGAAGGGUCGCAGAGACACGCAUGGACAGACAAGAUGAUCGAGAGCGACGUGCCACAUAACAACGAAGCGGUGGAGGAACUCAUGAAGCAGCCGUCGCAGUUCGAGGACGGGUGGAACCCCCCUAAGAUCGUCGUCGAGCUGUUGCGCUCUCAGCAGGGGAACCCGAACCUCCAGCAACUGCGCCAUAAGCAGCCCAAGCAGCUUGCUCCUGUGAUGCGCAAGACUGUUUGGGGGAAGGAUCCUUGUUUGCGCCGCCGGCGGAAUAUACGUAGGACGUGGUAUACCAAGGUGAAGGCGGGUUUGCUGCCGCCGAUGCCGGAUACGGAGCGCGCUACCUUACUGGGGUUGUUGAGUGGUGAGAUUUCGUGGAAUGCGCCGGCGCGGCGGACAAAGGCCAGGUCGACGGAGAAGGCGAAGGCGGCGGAGGGAGGGACUGUUUUGAACAAAGAGCUCCUGCUGUAUGGGCCGAAAAAGGGCGACACGUUCGAACGGUUUUCGAGUGGACGGCCGCAUAUGUUCACCCUGCGCUUUAUGCGGAGGUCCUGGAGACGCAUACUGGCCAUGACGCCACAUAUCGAGUGGGAUGGUCCGGUGAAACGGCGAAACAUUCGGUGGGAACCGCUGAGGGAGGCUUCGAGCUUGUUCGAGACGCUCGAGGGAGAUGAUACUAUUUUCAAGACAUCUGGAGACAGAAAGGCGACGAAGACGGUCAAUGCUGAGUAGUAGCCAGACAGAGCUAUGCUUGUGCAAUUGAAGAUGCGGGUAGUUCGAGCUGCUCAAAACACUCGAGGGGGAUAAAUACUAUUUUCGGGGCUGCCGGAGACAAGAAGACCAAGACGGAUUGAUUACUUCGACUCGGCCGUGGUCAAGCGGUGCUAUCCUUAUGGAACCGAAGCGAUGAAUAUCUCGACUCCGGCUACCCAGCUACACAAUGCAAACACCAAGUCCACACGGCAACGACAGCAUUCAGUAAGCGUCUACAGAACAAUACGCUGUACGGAAUUUCUAUCCGGUAUGAUGAUCCAACAGCCAAAGCCAAAGGCUUCCAUUUCAUCAGACAAACAGACAGACAGACACGAAUGACACGAUACCUUACCUAUCUAUAUUUGCCUAUCUAUAUCCCAAACCGAUACCGUUG